GGCCCCUGGCCGGCUGGAGGGCCUCGGUGCCGGGGAAAUGAGAGCAGACAUUCCUGGGGGCUCGAGGCUCCCCGACUUAGUCCCGGACCCCAACUACGUGCAGGCGUCCACCUACGUGCAGAGAGCCCACCUGUACUCCCUGCGCUGCGCCGCCGAAGAGAAGUGUCUGGCCAGCACCGCCUACGCCCCGGAGGCCACCGACUACGACCUGCGGGUGCUGCUGCGCUUCCCGCAGCGGGUGAAGAACCAGGGCUCGGCCGACUUCCUGCCCCACCGCCCGCGCCACACCUGGGAGUGGCACAGCUGCCACCAACACUACCACAGCAUGGACGAGUUCAGCCACUACGACCUGCUGGACGCGGCCACGGGCGUGAAGGUGGCGGAGGGGCACAAGGCCAGCUUCUGCCUGGAGGACAGCACCUGCGACUUCGGGAACCUCAAGCGCUACGCCUGCACGUCGCACACACAGGGCCUGAGCCCCGGCUGCUAUGACACCUACAACGCGGACAUCGACUGCCAGUGGAUCGACAUCACCGACGUGCAGCCCGGCAACUACAUCCUCAAGGUGCACGUGAACCCCAAGUACAUCGUCCUGGAGUCUGACUUCACCAACAACGUGGUGAGGUGCAACAUCCACUACACCGGCCGCUACGUGUCCACCACCAACUGUAAGAUCGUUCAAUCCUGAAGUGUAAGGGGCAGACAGCCAGCGUGUCUUUUCCCGAAGCAGCCCCUGCACCCCACGAGGCCCCCCCCCCAGCCGGGAGCCCGGCCCCCCACGCCCGCUGGGGAGCAGCGGCCCCCCUCCCGCCUCCCUGCCGGCCUCAGCUGUGGGUGGCGGCCAUACUGUGUGCCUGACUUUCUCCGCGGCGGCGUGGGAGGGGUUG